GAGGAAAAAGAGGGCGGAGAUCCCGGUAUCUGUGUCGACAAAGAUCAAAAGGGGGCAGUCGGAAUCCUCCUCAUCAAGACUUCCUCUGCCAAGUUUUUCACUGCCAUCCCACAGAAGAUGAGUUUCACUGGAAAAUAUGAAAUGGAAAAUGAAGAAAACUAUGACAUCUUUAUGAAGCGCCUAGGUCUUCCUCAUGAUACAAUUGAGAAAGGAAGAAAUUUCAAGAUCGUUACUGAAAUAGUACAGAAUAAUGAUGAAUUCACUUGGUCCCAGAUUUAUCCAGGAGGGCAUACCUUGACUAAUAAGUUUGUUAUUGGCAUGGAAUCGGAAAUGGAGACAGUAGGAGACAAAAAAUUCAAGGCAAUAGUUAGAAAGGAAAAUGGCAAAGUGAUUGCUGACUUCCCAAACUACCAUUAUACUGCAGAAGUCGCUGGGGAUAAACUUAUUGAGGUUUCUACAGUUGCUGAUAUAACCUUCAAGAGAAUCAGUAAGAAGCUGUCAUAA